AUGGUCGAAUUGGAGAAGGAGGUGCUCCCGCUGCCCCCGCGGUACCGGUUCCGAGACUUGUUGCUCGGGGACUGGCAGAGCGACGACAGGGUGCAAGUGGAGUUUUACGUCAACGAGAACACCUUCAAGGAGCGCCUCAAGCUGUUCUUCAUCAAAAACCAAAGAUCCAGUUUGCGAGUACGAAUGUUUAACUUUGCACUCAAAGUGCUGAGCUGCCUCCUAUACAUUGUCCGAGUGUUACUGUACAACCCGCAGGAAGAGAGGCCCGACUGCAUGAGUGGCAUGAACUGCACCAAACAAAACACAUCCUCCCGCCCAUGGAAUGAGUUUGACUGGAAGCUGAUCAUCUGGGUGGAAAGACCUCUACCCCUGUGGGCACUGCAGGUGCUCGUGGCUUUUAUCAGCUUUUCAGAAACAAUGUUGCUUGUGUAUCUCAGCUACAAGGGCAACGUCUGGGAGCAAGUACUACGUGUUCCUUUCAUUCUGGAGAUGAUCAGCGCCGUUCCCUUCAUGAUCACUGUGAUUCUGCCCUCAUUCCGAAAUCUCUUCAUCCCAGUUUUCCUCAAUUGCUGGCUGGCCAAACAUGCUCUGGAAAACAUGAUAAACGACCUCCACAGGGCCAUCCAGCGGACGCAUUCGGCCAUGUUCAACCAGGUGGUGAUACUCAUCAGCACGCUGGUGUGUCUCAUGUUUACGUGUAUCUGCGGCAUCCAGCACCUGGAACGAGCGGGCAACAAACUGACCUUGUUUGAUUCGCUCUACUUCUGCGUCGUCACCUUCUCCACGGUGGGCUUCGGGGACGUCACCCCGCAAAUAUGGCCCUCACAGCUCUUGGUGGUCAUCAUGAUCUUCGUGGCGCUUAUCGUGCUCCCCAUACAGUUUGAGCAGCUGGCCUUCCUGUGGAUGGAGCGUCAAAAGUCCGGCGGAAACUACAGUCGGUACCGGGCGCAGACAGAGAAGCACGUGGUGCUGUGCGUCAGCUGCCUCAAGAUCGACCUGCUCAUGGAUUUCCUCAAUGAGUUUUUCGCUCACCCUCGACUGCAGGAUUACUACGUGGUGAUUCUGUGCCCGGCAGAAAUGGAUGUCCAGGUUCGUAGAGUCCUUCAUGUUCCACUGUGGGCCCAGAGAGUCAUUUACCUGCAGGGGUCUGCUCUCAAAGACCAGGACCUGAUGAGAGCCAAGAUGGAUGAUGCCGAGGCCUGUUUCAUCCUCAGCAACCGGUUUGAAGUGGACCGCAUCGCCGCUGAUCAUCAGACCAUCCUGCGGGCCUGGGCGGUCAAAGACUUUGCUCCAAACUGCCCGCUAUACGUGCAGAUCCUCAAGCCGGAGAACAAGUUCCACGUCAAGUUUGCAGAUCACGUGGUGUGCGAGGAAGAGUUUAAGUACGCCAUGCUGGCUUUGAACUGCGUGUGCCCUGGUACCUCCACACUCAUUACUCUGUUGAUCCACUCCUCCAGAGGACAAACUGCACCCCAGGAGGCCUUUAAGCAACGUGGAGGAGCAUUUCAAGCCCUUAACAGGGAAGGCGGCGCCUGCGCUGCCGACCAGUGGCAUCGAACCUACCGCCGCUGCUCAGCCAAUGAGGUGCACCACAUCCGUCUGGAGGAGAGCAAAUUCUUCGGGGAAUACCAGGGCAAGAGUUUUACCUUUGCCUCCUUUCAUGCUCAUAAGAAGUACGGAGUGUGCUUGAUAGCAGUACGGAGGCUGGACACCACCAACAUCCUGCUGAACCCUGGCCCAUGUCAUAUCAUGGGGUCCUCUGACAUUUGCUUUUACAUCAACAUCUCUAAAGAGGAGAACUCCGCAUUUGUCCGAGGCCAAAGGGAGCCGUCGUGGGGUAGCGUGGGUAGCAACGCCAGGGGGGUUCACCAAAGCAUUUACCACGGACUCACUCGCCUGCCAGUGCACAGCAUUAUCGCCAGCAUGGGCACAGUAGCAAUCGACCUUCAAGAUUCCAGCGACAGCAGCCCAGAAGGUCCAGACCCUGGGAGCGCUGGGCCCGGCAGCGGGAGAGGAAGUCGAAGCAGCUCCAGAACGGAGAUGAGUGGGGCCAACACUUUGGCUUUACCCGCCAUGGGCGAUUCCGCCGAGGAGAGGCGGCACAGCAUCGCUCCCGUUCUGGAGUUAGUGGACGGUGUGAGCAACCCGACCUUUGACCUGCUGGGGGACCAGUCUGAGGACGAGGGAGGGGAGGAGAGCAAGGACGACUGUGACAAAGACGAGAGCGCCCACUGGUGGGGUCGACACUGCGAGUGGGUGAAGGGCUACCCGCUCAACUCCCCAUACAUUGGCAGCUCACCUGCUCUUUGCCAUCUCCUUCAAGAAAAGAUGCCUUUUUGCUGCCUACGUAUGGACAAGGCUUGUCACCAUAUCCCAUUCGAAGACGCCCGCUCCUAUGGCUUUAAAAACAAACUGAUCAUCGUCUCGGCAGAGAGUGCAGGGAACGGUCUUUACAAUUUCAUCGUUCCCCUCCGGGCCUACUACCGGCCCAGAAAAGAGCUGAACCCCAUUGUGCUGCUUCUGGAGAGCAUACCAGAGGCAGACUUUCUGGAGGCAAUCUGCUGGUUCCCCAUGGUUUUCUACACAGUGGGCUCCAUGGACAAUUUAGACAGCUUGUUGCGGUGUGGAGUGACGUUUGCCGACACCAUGGUGGUGGUUGACAAGGAAAGCUCCAUGAUUGCGGAAGAGGACUACAUGGCUGAUGCGAAAACAAUCGUCAACGUCCAGACACUCUUCAGACUGUUCCCAGCAUUAAGUAUUAUUACUGAGCUCACACACCCAGCCAAUAUGCGCUUCAUGCAGUUCAAAGUCAAAGACUACUACUCUCAAGCUCUGUCCAAGCUGGAAAAGAAGGAAAGGGAGAGAGGAUCCAACCUUGUGUUUAUGUUUCGCCUGCCCUUUGCAGCAGGCAAAGUGUUCAGUGUCAGUAUGCUAGACACACUCCUCUACCAGUCGUUCGUCAAAGAUUACAUGAUCUCCAUUACCAGGCUGCUUCUAGGCCUCGACUCCAUGCCUGGUUCCGGGUUCCUCUGCGCUAUGAAAAUCACAGAAGAUGAUUUAUGGAUACGGACGUACGGCAGGCUCUACCAGAAGCUGUGCUCCUCCACAGGGGAUAUUCCUAUUGGUAUCUACAGAACAGAAGCCCAUAAGCUUCCAGUUUCAGAGUCGCAGGUAUCCAUCACAGUGGAAGACUACGAGGACACCAGAGAACCUAGAGAGCCCCUGCUGUCUCGAAGCGGGGCGCACCGCAACUCAACCUCCUCAGAGCCAGUUUCGAGCUCAUCCCACUCCUCGGACCACCCGCUACUUCGCCGAAAGAGCAUGCAGUGGGCACGGCGGCUGAGCAGGAAAGGCGGACGCAGCUCAGGAGGAGCCAAGGGCGGCGCCGGCAACGCUGCUGAAAGGAUCAGCCAGCAGAGGCUGACCUUGUUCCGGCGCUCAGAGAGACAGGAACUCAAUGCCCUUGUGAGGACCAGAAUGAAGCAUUUGGGUCUCUCGCCCACUGGCUUCAAUGGCAUGACGGACCAAGGCAACAGACUGUCUUACAUCCUUAUCAACCCCUCUCCAGACACCAGACUGGAGCUGCAUGAUGUUGUGUAUCUCAUCAGACCUGACCCCCUCUCACUGGUACCCAAUCAAGGGAGCGGUAGAAAGUGCAGCACCGGACUUGGAGAAAGCCACAGGUUCGAUACCCAGGACAGCACUCACCUGUGA